ACACAUCCUGCUGAUAUGGAGUGUUUUUUUACUGGACGUGUGUGUGAUGUAAUUCGCUCCAAACCUGUUCCUGCUCUAUUUAAACCUGAGCAUCUGCUUCAGAUCAGAGAUUUCAUAAUAAUGUCCAUGAUGAAGAGGUCGGUGUUUGUGGCUUUUGUCCUGCUUGCUCUUGUCCCUAUGAUCCAUGCUGCCUGCUGGUUUAAACAGAACAAACCUGAUGCGACUCAUUGUCAAGACGAUGAGGAUAAGACCUGGCACCCGGUCGGGUCCAAAUGGAGAAACAGCCAGUGUGCAAAAUGCAGUUGCUCUGUGGAUGUGAUGGGCUGCUGUGACGGAUGGCCAACACGUGUGUCUGGAGGCUGCAGCAUUACAUAUGAUUAUAAAACCUGUACAUAUGAAUUGAUUCAUGUGGAUAAAAAUGUCCCCUGUAGGGCUGUUGGAUAGAGAUUAUGAAGAUGAGAUAAAGAAAUCGAGAUUAAAAAGAUGGCAGACUUAAACCACAGAAGCACAAAUACAACAUGAUGAUGACUUUGAACAUAAAUAUAAUAAAGAUUUACUUACUGAUUA